UAGACAUGAUUAGUUAGCAUUUAGAGCUCAUUGAUUUGCUCAAUACUUUGCUGUGAUUAAUUUUUUAACGUUUUUUUUAUAAAGAUGAAUGUUACUAAUGUUACGAUGAAAGCUGGAACGCGGUGUGAUAUGUGUGAUAUGGAUAUGGACAUGGACAUGAAAAUGUGGUUUCAUUUUGGAAAUACUGAAACAGUCCUGUUUGAAUCAUGGACAUUUGACACGGAUGGUGGUCUGAUUGGAUCAGCAAUUGGAAUCUUUUUCCUGGCGAUGUUUUAUGAAGCAUUUAAAUUCGGCAGGGAUAUAUUCGCGCAGAAGAUGCAAAAAUGUACUAAAGAUUCAAAGCAAACAAUGUUCAACAUGCCACACGGUGUUCAAACGCUAAUGCACGCAAUCCAAUUCAUUCUAUCGUAUUUUCUCAUGUUUAUCUUCAUGACCUUCAAUGUUUGGUUAUGUCUCGCUGUCAUUUUGGGCGGUGGCGUUGGCUACUUCCUGUUUGGAUGGAAAAAGACUUCUGUGGGUGAUCUUACUGAACACUGCCACUAAUAAAUUAAAAUAAUAAAAUUUAAAACCAAA